CCUCUAGUAAUCGUGUCCUCGGAUGAAAAUAUCUAUGUCUACGACGUAGUUUCUGACAGCGUGGUUAGCAAACUGCGCGGUCAUGGUGGCGAUGUCACUGCCAUCGCUGUUCACCCAGAUUACCCUGACCUCUUUUGCACCACCUCUCGGGAUUUUACGUCUCGCCUUUAUGAGCUUACAUUCUCGCCACGGCAAGUGCCUCACAAUGUUCAUUGGCCGCCUUCCAAAGUUAUGAGUUUGGGUGGCGCACCCCACGGGCUCCAGUCCAGUGAGUCUGAAGGCGAAGGGUUUGGCUGCUGCAUGGCAAUUUUUGCCGGCGGUCCUUCGGGUGGUCACGAGGCCCCUAUACUUGGAGCUGUAAGCAAAAGGAUGUGUCCUAUAGUCAUUCAUUUGCAGCUGAACUCCGUGGUAUGGUAG